CCUGUUAUUUACAAUCUUCAUUACAAAUUACUGUUUAUAAUUUCUUAAGCAGCCAGAAGAGAUAUAAAAGCGUGAAACUAUAUUUGCUAUCAUGUUUGACUUUGGUUUCUUCGGCAGGAACUCGACAGCCUGCGACACUAUUAUCCAGAUGUUGAAUGAAGAUGAUCAGAAUCAGAAAGACGAAAUGACCCAGAACUGGCGUGACCAUAAGCUCCAGGAACUAAACUUUGUCGGAACACUUGGUGCUCUCCUCGCAAGCUGCCUCAGCUCAACGAGCUCUUGGCCGGAUGUCCUUCCCAAUGGUUGCAACAAGCCCUGGUCGGUGCGAACUAUGUGGUUCAGUGGCCUCGUCUUCGCCCUCUUCUCCGUAGUAAUCGCAGGGGUACAAAGCAUGCGCCUUCACCGUUUGUCAGCCCAUCCUGACGGUCUAAGCAUGAUCCGACAUAGCCUCGUUCGAAAGCGACAAUCUGAUCAUAAAGUUCGCCCUAGCUGGCUGCAAGUCUAUGCAUGGGAAUUUAGCCUCGCGUUUCUGGUCUUGGCGAUAUUUUGCAUGGUAAUCGGUUUGACCAUUCUGAUAUGGGCUGGUACUGAAUUCGGUCCUUCAAAACCUAGAGAAGACGGGUGGUGGGAUAGCAACUCCAAGAUGGCGGUGACUUUCACAAUCAUGCUAGGAUUUGCAUUACUAGUUUUAGUCCUAUCGCAGUCUGCUCUGUCGAAAAGCAAUGUGAUUAGGAUAUAGUGACUGUAUUCUGGCAUUAUCUCAAACGCACAGUCAGGCGUGGAAGUCUGUGGAAAGUAUUCCUCAAUGGGAUCUAGAUGAUCUUCUCGCGUGGCCAAUGUCGUUAAGCAGUGAAGAUGCCUGGGAUACAAAAGUUCUGGAUAUCUUAAGGCCCUUUGGGGGUAUCACUGUUAGGCAACAUCUACUCAGAGGAAAGAACCAUUCACAAAUUUAUCCAGUUCCAUUAGUGGGUUUGUUUUUUGCCGAGUACCUUAUGGAGUUAAUAAACUGGAACAGGGCUGUGGAGUCAUUUUAGCUGCCAAAUCUGCAUAUUGACCAAUCUACCAGAGGGAUGUCCAAGUUUCCUUUA